CGUCUUGUUUGACAGUAACACCCAAGUGACGCUUUGCGUUUGAUGUUGGCUUGAUUUCUUUCGUAUAAGUCCUUUUCACUCGUACAAUCAUUGGAGCAUAUGGUGCUUAAACGAUUCGUGAAUACUAUUAAGUACAAUAUAGGUAUAUAACAUAGCCAUGUCCCGCCUUGAACAUGAAUACAUUAAUUUAAUUUCUGCAGAGCGUACGAUUCCUCCAAAUACUGAAACGAGGUGCACACAAACGAAUUUCUUUCAGUGUAGGAAAUGAAGCGCGUAAAAGUAAAAGAAUCAACAUAUAAUGAAAUAAACAAACAAACAAACAAACGAAAAAGUCUAAGGAUGAGUCAAAAUCUCGAAAUCGAAAACAAAAAAGUGAGAUUUCCGAGGUUUGCCACUAUGGAGCUGUUCAUCAAAUUCAUGAAUGGGCAAACGUUCAGUUUGUCAGUGGAACUGAAUGCAACCAUCAAGACACUGAAGAACCUGAUCCAAAUCAAACAAGGCACACCUAGCGCCAGACAGCGCCUAUCUGUGCAGAAUGGCCAGAGAAGAGACCUGACUGAUGAGUCCAGAACACUGGCGGAGUAUGGGGUGAGCUCGGGGUCUACAGUUAUCGUGCUGGUAACCGAGCCUGGUCCCAUACAGGUAACCGAGCCUGGUCCCAUACAGGUGUUCCUGAAGACAGAAAAGGGCAAGACACAUACUUAUGAAAUCACUCCAGGUGAGACAGUGUCGGAGUUCAAGAGGAAAGUCUUCAAUAAGGAGCGUGUCCCUGUUGACCAACAAAGGCUGAUCUACAAAGGAAGGCAGAUGGAAGACGGCAAGAAACUGGAGGACUAUGGUGUUAAGAAUGAGAGCACCAUCGAUCUCACUCUGCGUCUGAGAGGAGGCUAACAAGGAGGAAGGAAUGAUUUUGCUAAGGCAUUAAUCUAAAAUGCUGCAGUUUUAAUAACAUUUAAUCAGUCUGGUAGAAAUAGGCAUAAUUUUGUCAACAAAUUUAACAGUUCAUAGUUAUUAUUUAAUAUUUAAAACUUAAGUAAUGUAAAAAUGUAAUUCAGUCUGGUGGAGAUAACAGUUGACUCAUGGCAUUUGUUAACAGUAAAGUAAAGUUGUUUGGGCAAAAGAGAUUAAAUUAUGUCUUUUCGGUCCAUUUCAGACAACGGAAAAUUUUAUUUAUGCUCUGUGAAAAUCUUUGGAUGUUAGCAAACUGCUGAGCAUUACAAUGUUAUUAGGCCUAUUUCUAGCCUGUUUAAUACUGUUCUACAUUUAUUCUCAAAUUUACCAGCUUUGGAUAUAAGCAAACAGAUCAGUAAUCCUGCAUUAAUAUUAGAAUAGGGUAUUUAAUACUUGCUUACAUUGUUUGUUGUUGUUCUUUAUAAUGCACCACCCCCAUGCUGGUAAUGUUUGUUGUGUGCCUUAUAAAUAAAGUUUACUUUCUUAGGCCUACAA